GGCGCAGGGCCACAGGGCGAGCAUCAGCCUGAGGUGGGUCAAGAAGUGCUACAUGACGCCAAAAGGACGCAGAUCUGCCGAUAAAUACAAUUGUGUCUGUGCGUGUGGUUGAUGCAGCGACGUUUGGUGACUCAUACCGAAAAUGCAGGCCGAGCUGUCAGCCCAGAAGUUCAGCGUCAUCUCGAUUCUCAACCAGCUCCACGUUCCCACGACCAAGGCCAGCGACGCCGUCGAAUCCCUUCACAAACAAAUCAAACAAGCUGAUGAUGACGCCCAGCAAGAGCGGCAGAAACACGGCGCAUCAGAUCCGUCAAAGUCCUCCCCUGACGACGUGCUGCUGCUCAAGGUGGGCGGCUACGAGCUGAGUGUCAAGCGUCAGCGCCUCACGCAAGGAGGGGGCGUCGAGGGCACACUGCUGGCCACUCUGUUCGGUGGGAGCUGGGACGGCCGUUUCGUCAAGCUCACCGACAGGGACAAGAAAGAGCGGAUGUUCGUCGACAUGGAUUCCGCCGCCUUAAAGGUCAUUCACAACGCCAUCUUGGAUGCCCGGACCAUCCGCAGUGCGACCCACCGGACGGCCGACACCCAGGCCUCCAUCAGCCACCUGCUCGAAGACGCAAGAAGACGCAACUUCACUGGUGAGUGGGCAAAGUGGGAGGGAGAGGCUGCUUGUCCGUUUGUCCAUCUCUCUCUCUCUGUGCUGGGUGUGUGCAAACAGGGCUUCACGAUUUCUGGAUCAAGAAGAUGCUGUCACCAAUCGACUCGGCUGCUGCAGGGACCACUGGUGACGUCACUAAUCCACGGCUGUCGGCCAAUGACACCCCCAAUGAGCUGAGUGACUUCGUGAAGGCGGCCGAUGCCUUCGUCAAGGCGUUCGCCGCUGAGAAGGCCCGGCUGGAGGGUGAGCUGGCGGCCGCCAAACGGCGGUAUGAGAACCUCGGCAACGAAAUCAAGGUGACUGAUGAUCAGAAAGCAGCUGCAAGAGGACGAGCUACAUAUACCUCCGAUGCUCUGCCUAUGUGUCUGUGUGUGUGUGUGGAUCAGGCCCUCACGCCAUUCCUGGCGCCUCUGAAUGGCGAAGAUCCGAUCCGUUCCGUGAAGGUCUGUGGAGAGAGCAUCGCCACCACACAAUCGACCGUCGACGAAAUGAGCGACAAACUUCGGAACCGCUUUGACAUGUAAGCGCCAGGCAGAUACCCAAUACACGACGGUCCACUGGUGCUUUAUGUGUGUGUAGGUGGUCGCGACCAGUUGAGGACGUUCAGCCCGAACACGUCAGCCGUAUGGUCGACCACUACCGCCGCAAACGGCUCGGCGCGUCGGCCGCCGACAUGGCUGCGGUGCUGACGAUGGCCAGUGCGACAGAGCAGCAUGCCUUCGACGCCAAUGCGUUUAUGUAUGGCCUCACCGACGAGAGCCCCAAAGCCAGCAAAGCACAUCAGACAUUGUGAGUAGGACGAGGAAGCACAGGCACUCAUGUGAUGAUUGUGUGCACUGUUGAUCGUUCAGCGGUGGCCUCGGGCAAGUGCCAUCCAUGCAGCAGCGACGGUAAGACACCAACAACACACUGCACUCGUGUCUUCACUCACUGUGUUGUCUGUCACUGCUCAGUUUUGGCUUCGCGCAGAUGUCGAAUGGAGUGCAGUACAAAAUCGUGCAGCAGGGCAGUGGGCCCAAACCGACACGUGACCAGAGGAUCAAGUACGACAUCGUCGAUUGGCGUGACGACUUCGACGGACAAGACAAGAUAUGCGAGGACCGUGGGCGGGAGUAUCAUGUGUCUAGUGCUGUUGAGUGGUGGCAGGAGCUCUUCACUGACAUGCGUGUGGGUGAGGUGCGGCGAUGCAUCGUGCCGGCCACACCAGCCGGUAGAAAUGAGCUGUAUAUCGAGUAUAAGUUGGUGUCCAUUACGUCUUAAGGGGCGGACGAAAUUUGUGUGCGCUCCAGGAGAUUAUCACUAAUGCGAGUGUGGGUGAGAUGAGAUGCCAGUUAGGAUGAGCGUUAUUGGAACAGAGUGAUGAUCUCUUGCCGUUUGGCUCCUUGUCAUUUGCUCGACUGCUCUUAUGGAAUUUGGUUUGCUGCUCUGCAUUGCGCUGGCUGGGUGUGCGGUCAACCUGCUCUGUCCUAUAGUGUAG